CAAGACCACGUUUUUGACGGCGAUAGCUCCUGAUUGACAUUGCGUUGCUGCAGGUUAUCAUGAUGGUGAAAUUACUCCUGGUUCCUCUCUUUUUAUUCCUUACGUCAUUGACAGGUGUGUGUCCCCGUAGACCCAGAGAUAUUGGUGUGAAGACAGGUGAGAUGGUGGCACUGCACUGCCCUGACACAAGGUAUAAUCAUAGUUACACCAGACUGUUUUGGACCAGUUACACCACCAAGAAGAUGGAUCUGACCAGCAACAUGUCAUCAGCUGAGCAGAGCCAGAUGGGCAUUCUGGUUCAUAAGACGAGCCUUGUGAUUUUGAAUGCAUCUGUAAACCAUGAGGGGAAUUACUCAUGCUCUCUGGGGAAUGCUAGCAGCCAGUUCUGGUUCAGGCUGACAGUAUACACAUCACAGAGAAAGUAUGAAGAGGGGAACAUGUACUCUGAGACAUGUUACACACAGAAGUCCUGCUCAUUAAAUUGCCCGGAUAAAAAUAUCCCUGCUGAAAAUACACCAGACAUUACCAGCAACGGCAUUACAUGGCACAAGGAGGGUGAGUCAUUGCCGGAAACCAUUUACUUCCAGAAAGUGGAGAAGAAUGACCACGGUGUGUACACCUGUACCAGGUCUUACCUGCAUCAUGGUCAAAUAUAUAAGAUGACGUUUACAGUGAAGCUUGAUGUAAAACUAAACAAAGAAUGUAAGAAAUCUGCAGUGAUCACUUCACCACGCAAGAGUGUAGUUCAAGUAGAUUUGGGUUCAACAGUGGUGAUUGAUUGCGAAGCUGUCACAUGUUCAGCGUUGGAUGAUGUAAUCUGGUUAAUUGGAAAGUCAUUUGUGGAAAAAAACAACAGUUUCCCGGUUUUCUACAAUAUAACACAAGAAAAUAAUACUGAACAGAUACAUAUGACAGCAUCUCUAGUCAUCAAAAAAGUGUCAGAUGAGGAUAUAUCAAAAAAUUACACCUGCAAACUGAAUUCUGACCAAGUCCUAAUCGUCACUUUGUCCCCAAAACCUCGCCCUUCUCACAUUUCCCUGGCUGUUGGUGUUGUAGGCAUGGUGGUGGUGAUGGUUGUGUCAGUAGUUAUCUAUGUAAAGUUCAAAAUUGACAUCGUCCUUUUCCUAAGAGACACUCUUGGCUGCCAUAGAAGCACCUCAGAUGGAAAAGGCUAUGAUGCCUUUUUGAUGUAUUACAAGAGUGACACAAACGCCGGACUAAAUGCUUAUGACAGAAACUGGCUGAGGAGUGUUUUGGAAGAGAAAUAUGGUUAUAGUCUCUGUCUUUAUGAUCGCGAUGUCUUACCGGGGAAAGCGGUAGCAGAAGCAGUGUUAGACUGCAUAGAGCAGAGCCGGGCGGUGGUUCUGGUUCCUGCCUCUCCAGAUCCUGGUCCAGGGUCUGGCCUGCUGAGUGUCAUCCAUGCAGCCCUUGUGGAGCGGCAGACUCGAUUGGUUUUCAUCAAAACUGAGACAACAGAAAUGUCGAGAUCAGGUUCAUUACCAGAGGCUCUACAACUUCUUGGUGAGGCUGGAGACUGUGUUACCUGGAAGGGCAUAAGUUCCACGCCGCCCUCCUCCUCCUUCUGGAAGCAGCUACGUUAUUACCUACCUGCCCCACAGCAUGCACAGAAACAAAGGCUUUUAUCUCAGACAAUCUAGGGUGUUACUUCAUGGUUAAAUGUUUAGCUAAGUCUGAAGGAAUAGCUUGUAUCAUAUCUGCAUCCACAAAUACAUUACAUAAAAAGAUACAUUUUAGGCAAAAACUUUAAGCCCCUACUGCACACAAGGGAGAGGGUGGGAUAUUUUUGGUUGGAUGCUUUCAAAAUCUAGCAGUCUCUUGCUAGUUUCUCUAAUGGUUCUUUUUAGCUGACAAAUAGCAGCUGUUUUCCAAGAUAAUUUGUGGACUACUUGAUGGAAGAAAAGUAUUCAUAAUAUCUAAAAACCUAGUCCUAGCAUUGUCAUCAAGGAUUUGCUUUAGGCUACAUGAAAGUUGAAAUCACCAAGUAAAAUAGUUCUAUCACGACUGGUAAGAACGAUAGACAUAAAAUCAGAAAACUCAGGUAAAAAGUCCCCGUUGUGCUUAGAAGGGCGAUAAAUAGUCACAAUUCGAAGUAUUCAAAGCUUAAAAAGUCUCGAAACAACACUUUGAGCAAGUGAAGUUAUUAGAGAGAUACUGGCGACUCCUGCGCCUCUUUUAUCUUGUUGAGAAAAAAUUUGAGGCGACGAUUCUAAUAAAACGACAGAGGAAAGCCAACAAGACCCUCUUUAAGAGAUAAAAUUAUUUAAAUAAAAACUCUUACUAGAGGGGGAUCUAAUAUUAAAAUGUGCAAACAGAAAUUGAUUGAGUCAGGGCGAUCUUCACAAAACACUGUGGAUUUCUGUGAUGUUUAGAAAAUGUACUUAGUUAGUUUCCACCACUGUAGAUAUGUUUCCUUUUUCCUCCAGUGGGUCAUCUGACACAGGCAGCUUCCCCUGUCAGUUGUAAAGACAUGUAUUAUGUAAAACUGAUUCCUACAUCAGCCCAUACACUGUUACUACUGUCAUUUCCAAAAGUUUCCAACUGGUGUAGUAUUCUCAUCACAGUUGAAGUGUUGCUUUUCAUAGUGGCUCAUGAAUGAAUGUUUUCUGUUUCAGUGGUGUCACUGGAUUUUACUACUUUCUUUCUAUAGAUUUCUUGCUAUACCACUCUGCAUGUUGUAUGCCAUAUCUUCUGUUUUUGAACACGUGUAUUAUGAGAUGUGCUACUGUGAUAGGGCAAAAUAUUUAUGAACUCUACAUCGAAAUAAAUUGUGUUUUAUACUAGCA